AAGUCUUAACCCGGAUGACGUUUGCGUGCCUCGUGCCCACGUGAUGCCGGCUACAGUUCGUUCAGCAUGGCCGCUAUCGGCGUUCACUUCGGUUACACAUGCGCUUGUGUAGCGGUAUUUAAGGACGGUCGGGCUGACGUCAUUGCCAACGAUGCAGGAGAUAGAGUGACUCCAGCUGUGGUUGCUUACAGAGAGAAUGAGCAGCUUGUGGGGAUUGCAGCAAAGCAAGGGCGGGUCCGCAAUGCCGCCAACACGGUUGACAAAGUCAAGCAAGUGCUGGGCAGAAGCUUUGAUGACGCAGAGACGCAAGCUCAUAAAUCGCAGACCAAAUGCCAGGUUGUCAACCGAUCCGGGAAGCCCUGUUACGAGAUUACAGCAGGAGAACAACUCAAGUACAUUGCUCCGGAGGAGGUUGCCAAACUCAUAUUUCACAAAAUGAAAGAAACGGCUCAGUCUUCUCUCGGCUCUGAUGUGAGCGACGCCGUCAUUACCGUUCCGUUUGAAUUUGGGCCCUCUCAGAAGCACGCACUGAGGGAGGCAGCUGAAGCCGCAGGGUUCAAUGUCCUCAGGUUGAUCCACGAACCCGCCGCCGCUCUUUUAGCCUAUAACAUCGGACAGGACUAUUCAGCUCCAAAGAGCCAUGUUCUGGUAUACAAACUGGGCGGUACGUCCCUGAGCGUGACCGUGCUGCAGGUGAACGGAGGAAUGUUUCGCGUCCUGGAUACCCACACCCACCACAGCAUCGGCGGGGAAAGCUUCACGCAGGCCUUGGCCCAGCAUCUCGCCACCGAGUUCAAACGCACUUUUAAACACGACGUGACCGAGAAUGCACGCGCAAUGCUCAAGUUGAUGAACGGAGCCGACAUGGCCAAACACUCCCUGUCCACACUUGGGUCAGCCAAUUGCUUUGUGGACUCCCUGCACGAUGGCACUGACUUUGACUGCAAUGUCUCCAGAGCUCGUUUUGAACUGCUCUGCUCCUCCCUCUUCAACAAGAGCAUCCAGCCAAUUAGAAGCUUACUGGAGCAGACCAAACUCUCCGCCACCGACAUCAGCAAGGUGGUUCUGUGCGGCGGCUCGGCACGGAUCCCCCGUCUGCAGCAGAUGAUUCGCGACAUGUUCCCCGACGUGGAGCUCCUGAGCUCGGCGCCUCCCGAUGAGGUCAUUGCGGUGGGUGCGGCCCUCCAAGCAGGUUUGUUGGUGGGCAAGGACCACCUUGUCUCCGACGAAGAAUCCGUCCAAGUGGAUGUGUCUGCCUCUGACAUUCUGCUCAAGCAGGUGGAUGAAUCCGGAGCAGAGGUGUUCAUCGUGCUCCUUCCGUCCGGACUGCCGCUUCCUGCUCGCCGCAAUCACACCCUGAGUGGAGGAGGCCAACUCUCCUCGCUCUGCCUGGAGAUUUAUCAGAGAUUUGACUCUGAGCAGCCGGAGAGGCUUGCCAAGAUUAUACUUCGGGACCUGGAGCCUAACGAUGAGCACCACAACAUUGAUACAGUGGUCACCAUGAAAAGGGACGGUUCCCUCCAUGUCGCCUGUGUCGAGCAGAACAGCGGGAGGUCGGAAAUAAUCAACAUAGCUGCUGCAUCCUGAUCACACCAUCACACACCAUCUUUUUUUUUUCUAAUUAUGUAAGGCAUUCAAUAAACAUGUGAAUCUAUAUCUGA